AUGGCGGCUGAAAAGGAACAGGUCUACGCAACGCUGCUGCUCAGCGACACAUAUCUCCCAGGUGCUUUAGUGCUUGCGCACUCGCUCAUCGACAAUGGCACCACGAGGAAGCUUGCCGUCCUCGUGACAGAGGAUACGGUGUCUCCCGAAGCUAUCUCCCAGCUCCAGACCGUCUACAACUAUGUCAUCCCCGUCCCGAGGAUACGCAAUGCUCACCCCAACCUCCACCUCAUGAACCGAGCCGACCUCCACUCGGCCUUCACCAAGAUCGCCCUAUGGAAACAGACCCAGUUCUCCAAAAUCGUCUACGUCGACGCCGACGUCGUCGCUUACCGUGCCCCCGAUGAACUCUUCGACAUCGACGCCCCCUUCUCCGCCGCCCCAGAUAUCGGAUGGCCCGACAUCUUCAACUCCGGCGUCAUGGUCCUCGAGCCGAGCGAGGCCGAGUACGAACGUCUCGCCGAACUCGCCAGUCGCGGCGCCUCCUUCGACGGUGCCGACCAAGGUCUCCUGAACCAGCACUUCGGCCGAGAUUACAACCGUAUUAGUUUUACUUACAACGUUACCCCCUCAGCGCAUUAUCAGUAUAUACCCGCCUUUAAGCAUUUCCAGGAUAGCAUUAGCAUGGUGCAUUUUAUCGGCUCGCAAAAGCCUUGGUUUCAGGGUAGGCCUGCCUUUAGUACGAGCGGAGGUGGCGGCGGCGACCUGAGCCCGCAUGAUGGAAUGAUUGCGAAGUGGUGGUCGGUAUAUGACCGCCACUACGGGAAAGACACGGAGCGAACACCCGAAGAGGAGAAGAAAUCCGAGCUUGUCAAGUACUUCGUCAAGGGAGAAUACUGGCCGCCAGGCUCCGAACUCCAAGAAGGCCAACCCCAGGCUCCGCAACAGCCCAGGCCCAGUAUCAAUGAGGCAUUCUUUAGGGGAUUCCCUCCCCCUGAAAGGGUGACGGAGGGGGAGACUGGCGAGGGAUAUGACGGCGGGCAGCACUACGUUGAACAUCACGAAUGGCCGAGUGAACAGUAUGAAGAGAGUCGUGGUGGAUAUCCCGAACGUCGUGAGCACCACGUACAUCAUGAAUACCACGAGGAAAGGCAUCAUGAGCACCACGAGGAGAAACCUUACGAACAACAUCACGAGGAAAAGCAUUACGAACGCCACGAGGAGCAACACCGUGAACACCACGAGGAACACCGCGGUGAGGAGCAUCAUGAGCAACACCAUGAGCCGCCUCAUGAAGAACACCGUGAACACCACGAACACCACGAACACCACGAACACUAUGAUCAUCACCGCCAGGAGCACCAUCACGAAGAAUACCAACCGCAACCACCUCCCAUGGUGUCAACAUGGGAUGCACAAUGGCAACCUCCUCCACGCGGUGGUAGACCCGAGGCAGAGAGUUUCCCGGAUACAAAAUACGAGAUGUCUCGAGAUAUCACCCCCUUCGUACCUCCGGAGCGGUACCCCAGCCCUCCCCGGGAUAUGUGGUACAAGGUUCCCGAGGAGCCCCCGGCGCCGCCCACCGAGAAGCCUCGGCCCAUUUUCCCAUGGGAGACGCACCAGCCGCCGCCGACUCGGGUGUUUGCCGAUUACACAGCCCCGGAAUAUACCGAAGAGCCGCAGAUCGCGUCCCCCGAACCACCUAGAUUCGGCGCCUUGCCUGGUGGACCUACCUCGCCCGCCUCCGACACUGGCCGCAGCGUCGGCUUCGGCGAGGAGAAGGAGGUGAUUCAAGGCACUCUCGAAGAACCCCCCGCUCUAGUUGAGACCCCGUCUGCGGUAGAGCACUAUGGUGAGCCGCAUACGCCGCCACCCGAGAGCGCCCCUGGAUUAGCACCUCCGCUGCCUCUUAAAUGUGAAGAGGAACCAAAAUUCCAGGCUUCGGACUUUUGGGCGUCCCCGUCGGCCACGAAUGCUUGGGAUGAAGUUCCCGGUAUCCGCAGAUACAUUGAGCGAGUCAUCGACCAGACAGGCCUCGGUGGACCUCGCCGAUACUCUGGGGCUUCUCGCCGCCAGAGGCAGCUGCAAGCUGCUGUAGAGGCUUCCGGGGGCCGCCGUCGGCGUUUCUUCACGGCUACAGACUUCCUCAGCUCCGACGACAGGCAAAACCUGUCGCUGACCCCCGUCCCCCUGAGAACGGGUGAUAGAGGAGAGGAAGUAGAGCCCGUGGGAUUCCCCAUACCGCCCAGCGGCGACGAAGGAGAGGAAGAGGAAGAGAGAGGAGAAGAAGAACAGACGGGCAAGGCCGGGACUACUACCGCCACAACCAAGCCGACCGUGAAGCCACGGCUCGCCGAGGCCAAGGGUGUGCCCACGCAGUCUGACUGGGUAUGUGUGCACGGGCGCCGCUGGGGCCCAGCCGACUGUCUUUGCGACCUGACUAACGUCCUCCGCGUGCACAAGAACCCCGUGGAGCAGCUCGAGAAGCUGGCGCGCUUACACCGCCUCGACCCCCAGUCCGUUCUCAGGAGGCUGUCGGCUGAGGACCCUGACGCGAGGUCGAGGGGGGUACCUGCGCGGUCGCUGCCUCCGAGCUCGGAGGGGGUGCUGCUCCACGCUGAACAACAACAACAACAGCAGCAGCAGCAGCAGCAAUGGUGGCGGCGUCACUCUCACCAGGAGGGAACGUACCUUGGCCAUACUGUGGAUGAAGAAGAGAGGCAACGGGAGAGAGAGUACUACGCGUGGAGUAAAAGCGCUGCUGUCAAGAGCAGAGGAGGAGGUAAAGUGGUGGUCGACACGGGGACCAUACCUGAGGGAGCACCGAUUCUCGCCCCGGUCCCCGUAAAGGCAGGGUUACCUGCCAGCAAAGCGGCGACGACAACGUCCCGCCUCAUCCCCGGCCAAAUCCCCCCACUGCUUGAACCAUCCCAAGUAGAAGAAGAAGAAGUAGAGGAGGAGGAAAGACGGGAGGAGGGAAAGGAAGGACAGACCCGCCGCAUCAACGGCCACCCGCGCUCCCGAUACGAACAAGUCUUCCCCUCUUCCUCCCCGAGGGGAAAAGAUAAAGCUAAGGGGAAAGGGAAAGGGAAAGGCAAAGGAAAGGGUAUCCCCGAGCCGAGCUAUACGGGGCCCGGAGCCGCGUGGGAACCGGGGGCGUAUAUCCCGACGAAUGUUAGUGGGGCUUUGCCGCCUGAGGAUGAGAUGGAUGUUCUUGAUACUUGA